UUUGGCCUUUUAGACGAAAAUGUCCAGCAAGAAGGCACAACAGACGCCCGCGGAGGUGCUCAAAUCGCUGGAGCUGUCCGGCCAGGAGGAUCUCGACAGGCAGAUCAAGAACUGGGUGCUCUGGGACCGCAACGAGGCGACGCUCGAUCAAGUGCUGGACGCUGUGCGCGACCAGGACUGGCAGGCGCUUCGCGUUCGUCUCUGCAAUCGCAUACCCUUCGGCACGGGGGGGCUGAGGGGCGGCAUGCGGGCGGGUUUCGACUCCAUCAACGAUCUGGUGAUUAUACAAACCGCCCAAGGACUGGCCGCCCACCUCAGCGACAGCUACCCGAGCAUCCAGAAGCGGGAGACGCAGGGCGUGGUCGUCGGCUACGAUGGGCGGUACAACAGCAAGCGAUUCGCGCAGCUCACAUCUGCGGUGUUCCUCAACAACAACUACAAAGUGUAUCUGUUCAAUCGCAUGACACCGACACCGUUCAUACCCUUUGCCAUUACGGCACUCAAGUGCCUGGCGGGCAUUGUGGUGACGGCGUCGCACAACCCGAAGGAGGACAACGGCUUCAAGGUGUAUGCGGCCAAUGGGGCACAGAUACUGCCACCCAGCGACACGAAGAUCUUUGAGGCGAUUAUGGCCAACCUGGAGCCGAAACCCUCCUCGUGGGAUCUCUCCAUUCUGACGGGUAAUCCGCUGGUCGAGGAUCCCUACCGCCAGAUCUAUCCCCUGUACUAUGACACGCUGCGCAAGCUGCUGCCGCCCGUCUACCUGGAGACCAACGAGUGCAGCCAGCUGCGGUUCAUCUACACGCCGAUGCACGGCGUGGGCUACUCCUUCAUGCGGGAGGCCUUCUACCAGGCGCGCCUCAAGCCGCUCAUACCCGUGCCAGAGCAGAAGGACCCCGAUCCGGAGUUCCACACCCUCGUCUAUCCCAAUCCGGAAGAGGGCAGGGAGGCGCUGCUGAUGGCCAUCAAGAAGGCCGAGGCGGAGCACUGCACCGUGAUACUGGCCAACGAUCCGGAUGCGGAUCGCCUGGCCGCUGCCGAGCUGGAUGCCAAGGGCCGCUGGAAGAUAUUCACGGGCAACGAGCUGGGCGCCCUGCUCGCCUGGUGGGCCCUGGAGAGCUACAGGACGCGCACGUCCAAGCCGGACGUCAGCAACUGCGUGAUGCUCUCGAGCACGGUCAGCUCCAGGAUUGUGGGUGCCAUUGCACGGGCAGAGGGCUUCACGCACGUCGAGACGCUGACGGGCUUCAAGUGGAUGGGGAACAGGGCGCUGGAGCUGCAGGCCGCCGGCCGAACGGUGCUCUUCGCCUUCGAGGAGUCGCUGGGCUUCAUGUUCGGCAUGAGUGUGGCGGACAAGGAUGGCAUUGCGGCGGCCACACAGCUGGCCACGAUGGCCUGCCACCUGCGCAGCACCCGCAACCUGACGCUCAUCGAGAAGCUGCGCGAGAUCUACGAAACUUAUGGCUACCAUGCGGCCAUCUCCUCGCACUACAUCUGCGAGGAUCCGGAUCUCAUUGAGACCAUCUUCGAGCGACUGCGCAACUUUGAGGACGACCAGCCGGGCACCUAUCCCAAGUCCAUCCUCGACGGGGCCUUUGAGGUGGUUCACGUGCGGGAUCUGACCCAGGGCCUGGACACGGCCUACGCGGAUCGCAAGAGCCGCCUGCCCAUGAUACCCAGCGAGCAGAUGAUCACUUUCAGCUUCACCAACGGCUUCGUGGUCAGCCUGCGGAGCACCAGCCGCGACCACAAGCUGCGCUACUGCUCCGAGAUCUGCGGCCUGCCCGAGGAGAAGGAGUGGCUGGAGCUGAACGACAAGCUGCAGCGCCUGACCCAGGCGGUAAUCGAUGAGUUCUACCAACCCAAUCUGCAUGGCCUGAUGCGUGCCUCCCAGUUUGAUGCGCAGUGAGAAAUCUUAAUCAAAGAAGUGCUAGAAAAUAUAAUUAUU